AUGGUGUCCCGAAUCAUUUCCAGUCCUGCAUUAGUGUGGAUGUGGAGUGUGGGUUGGGAGGAGGAGGAGGAGGAGGAGGAGGAGGAGGAGGAGGAGGAGGAGGAGGAGGAGGAAGAGGGAAAACUGGCGGAGCUCCACCGAGAGAUGUCCAUCCGACAAAUGAGGUCUUUAUUGGGACAUGUCACCCACUCAAGACUUCCGUUGUGGAAGGGCAAGCGCAACGUCAAUAUGACCUGCAAGGAGAUCGAGUCUUCCGGGGUGACAAAGAUCGAUGACCUGGUGCAAUACCAGGCAGUUGGCUCUGACAAGGUUAAAUCUGUUCAUGGCCCCCGGGAAUCAAACCCGGACUGGGAGUGUCUUGGAUUUGGCCAUGCGGAGGAUGGCACCCAGUCGGUGGUCACAUAUUUUGCCAAAAUUCUUUUCACUUCUGCUGAGAUCGACGUUUACUCGAGGAAGAAAGAAGGGCUCCCUCAGGAUACAAUCAACCAAAUCCUCAAAGCUCUCAAGGAUCUCGAAGUCAAGGAGAUCGCCAAUCUCGCAGAGAGAAUAUUCCAACCCCGAGACCGUGGCGAUGCUUGUCUGCCAGCCGCGCUUAUUGGCCUUGUUCAGAGGCCACGCAAUGACGCCUCACGCCAGAAGCUCAUGUUUAUUUUCUGCAUGAAGGUUUUCAAAAUGAAAGUCGUGGUCCGGAUUGGUGCCAGGGCGGUUGCAGAUUACGGCGCCCUUUGA